CAUUUCAUGCAUUUUAAAAGAAUGCAUGUGCUGUAUUUUUACCAUGUUCUUGCUGAAGAAGUUUUUCUUGUAUUAAUCACGCCGUGUUUUUGGUAAAAUAUGGUUGAGUGUAUAUUUGGAAUUUGGUUAGUGCUUGCCCCUCUGGUUCAGCAAGAGCGUCUGCGCACGUCAGUCUAGGGAGGGCAAUGAGAUGCUACUUAUUAAUGCUGCGCGUGUGACAACAGCCAGCCAGGAGCAGUCCAGACCGCCAGCGCGCGGAGGCAGUGGGGGACAAAGAGCGCGCGCGUGUUUACCGGCGCGGUAAGAAAUGCGUGAGAAAACAAUGACGGUUUGAAAAAGCGAGUCGGGGAGCAAAACAGGGAGGAAGACAGUAAAGAAGCAGAGAGGAGAGACAGAGUAGAACCCCUGUGGUUCUUUCGAGAAGACACAACGCAGACCUAAAGCGCGCACCGAACCGGCGAGGCUAUAGGAGCAGGCACCGAACAGUGUCGCCCUGAUCAGGGGCGCUGAGAAAAAGAUGACUGUGGUGCCAGGGGAGAACCUGGACGAGACCGUGGCCUUGGCCGCUCUCUGUCACGACGCUUACGAGCCUGAGAGAGCGGACCAGGAGUGCUGCGAGCGGGUGGUCAUCAACAUCUCAGGCCUGCGCUUCGAGACGCAGCUCAAGACGCUCGCCCAGUUCCCAUGCACUCUCCUCGGCGACCCUAGAAAGCGAAUGCGCUUCUUCGACCCGCUCAGGAAUGAAUACUUCUUUGACCGCAAUCGGCCGAGCUUUGAUGCCAUCCUCUAUUACUAUCAAUCAGGCGGGAGACUUCGGCGACCUGUCAACGUGCCCGUGGACAUCUUCAUGGAGGAGAUCAAGUUUUACGAGCUCGGUGAAGAGGUGAUUGAGAAUUUCAAAGAGGACGAGGGUUUCAUUAAAGAGGAGGAGCGCCCGUUACCGGAGAACGAGUUCCAGAGACAAGUGUGGCUCUUGUUUGAAUACCCAGAGAGUUCAGGACCCGCCAGAGGGAUCGCAAUCGUCUCUGUGCUCGUGAUAUUGAUCUCCAUCGUCAUCUUUUGCCUGGAAACGUUGCCCGAGUUCAGGGAGGACACCAAGUCGUACGACGAGCACCUCCCGCUGAACGGCACGGUGAGCAUGAAGAGACCGAAUCCGUUCACAGACCCGUUUUUCAUCGUGGAGACGCUGUGCAUCAUUUGGUUCUCCUUCGAGCUGGUCGUGCGCUUUUUGGCGUGCCCAAGCAAGGCGGCAUUUUUCAAAAACAUAAUGAACACUAUCGAUGUGGUGGCAAUCAUGCCGUACUUCAUCACACUCGGUCUUGAGCUUGCCGAGCACCAAGGCAACGGGCAGCAGGCCAUGUCAUUGGCCAUCCUGCGUGUCAUCCGGCUCGUGCGCGUAUUCCGCAUCUUUAAGCUGUCCCGCCACUCCAAAGGCCUUCAGAUCUUGGGCAAGACGCUGCAGGCAAGCAUGCGCGAGCUUGGCCUUUUGAUCUUCUUCCUCUUUAUUGGUGUCAUCCUCUUCUCCAGCGCAGUGUACUUUGCUGAGACGGACGACCCCGAGUCAGGCUUCAGCAGCAUCCCGGACGCCUUCUGGUGGGCCGUAGUCUCCAUGACCACUGUGGGUUAUGGAGAUAUGUGCCCCGUGACCAUCGGAGGCAAGAUAGUGGGCUCGCUUUGCGCAAUCGCCGGCGUGCUCACCAUCGCACUGCCUGUACCCGUGAUCGUGUCCAACUUUAACUACUUCUACCACCGGGAGACAGAGCACGAGGAGCAGCUUCAGUACACACACGUUACGUGUGGUCAGCAACCCCAGCAGCAGCCUGGCUACGGCGAUUUCGGCAGGAGCGAGAGCAAGCCUUCCCUCUCCAAAUCGGACUAUCUGGAGUCGGAAGACGUGGACUCAAUCAAGUACACAAACUGCAGCCCCCAUAAAACCUACACUGGGAAACUCACAGACGUAUGAGUGUAAAACACAAACACAAAAAAGUGACAAGCAAACACAAAGGCGCAUUUCUGUGAGCACAAUUCCUCAUCCUGCGCUCCAGCUUGAUUACAUCCGGUUAGUGAGCUCUGAUUAUCAAGCAUCCUGCGCGCAAAAAGGAGUCAUUUUCAUUUAAAAACUCACUAGAAGAGGAUUUAUAAGACGAGGACGCGAAAACGGGAUGGUUUCUUUUCUUUCUUUCUUUCUUUCCUUCUUUCUUUCUUUCUUUCUUUCUUUCUUUCUUUCUUUCUUUCUUUCUUUCUUUCUUUCUCUUUUCCUUAAAACUGUCUUCCAUGCUUGUGGUCAUCAAUAUUUAAAAAGAAGAGACUGCAUCUUUAGCCUCAAAGUAUAAUUAUUUAUGAAAACAACUAGGCUAAAGAACCAAGCCCAACCUCGCAGAAUAGCACUUUACUCAUGUUUUCUUAGUAAUAAAUAAUUUAUUAGGCUUCGCUUUAUCUGGGGUUUAAAAGUUUACAUAUGAUUUAAAUAUUCGGAACAAAGCGAACAGGACCAAAAUAUCUAAAUCAAGUUAUAUUUUUAUUAUUAUAUAUUUUUUAUGCCUGGCGACUGUAAGGAGGUCACUCAGUGUUGCUCCUUGUUUUUCUUCCAUGGCUGUAAAGUUCAGGUGUGAUUAAUUAUGUGAUUAAGUAUCAGUAGGCACUUAUCGACCAGCACUUUCACUGUACAGCUGACAUCUUAAGUACAUUUCUUCCCAUUUCAAAACAGGUUUUAAUCGCCGUUUACACUUAAUUUCCCCUCUAUUUUAAUUUAUCCGAAUAAAAAUAUAUAGGUGUAUAGCCAAGCCAAAAGCAUAUAGAAUUUAGGCCUAUAUUUCAAUUUCAAAUUACAGGAUUAGCAAAAGCCAGGGUUUUGGUUGUGAAGAUGGCAAAAUGUGCAGCUUUACCAAAACCAAGCGUUUAUAAACCUAGAGUGCCAUCUAUUGGACGAGAGAGAGAGAGAGAGAGAGAGAGAGAGAGAGAGAGAGAGAGAGAGAGAGAGAGAGAGAGAGAGAGAGAGAGAGAGAGAGAGAGAGGUUCUCAGACAUUCUUUGGAGACGGAAGUGUUUCUAUAGCAACCUUCCAGACUGUCCUGAAUCUUCUGACAUCAGGCAUUGGCUACGUCCAAAACUGUACUACUUUACUAACUAGUAGUCUACAUAUGCUAUCAUCAUCUAUAGUUGUACUAUUUUUGCAUCUAUUUUUGUACAGUAGUAUGUGUCUUGGACGUGCCUAACGUUCUGCCUUAAGUUCUUUUUCUGAUAGACAACACCAGGUUGCUUUUAAUGUUGCUGUUUUCUACAUAACGCCGACCAAGUAAUGUAGCCUAAAUAGAAAUACGAGAUUAGAUUCGAUUCGAUUAGAUUGGAUUAGAUUAGAUUAGAUUAGAUUAGAUUAGAUUGGAUUGGAUUGGAUCGAAUCAGAUUGGAUUAGAUUAGAUUAGAUUAGAUUAGAUAGGUCUAUUCGGCAGCUAUAGACGCCCAAAUAAUACUUUUAGCAAAGUCUAACUGUAAGCAGCAGAACAUUGUGGCUUAAUCCUGACGACUUGUCGCUCCCUGUUUCUGUCUUUGGGCUCGGGGGUCAUGAUAGAAACAAAUGUUAUGUGCAUUGCAGCUGAUUUAGAGACAUUUUCACAUCACAAAGGGGGAAAAAUAACAAACGGAGGACAACCAUCACUAUGACUGUCAUGUGCGUCUGUCGCGAGGCGCAGAAACCUGGAAUCUUAUUGGCUGCAUUAGGAGUUUCGGCGACCAAUCACUGAUCGUUAAAGGGAAAUAAUGGAACCGCUUUGAUCUGCUUUGGAACUUCUUUCCUGCAGAAGCUGUGGAGCAACUUCACAAAAGGAGCAGAAACCUUUUCACGAUCAAAAACUGAAAAGAGCUAGAAUAGUCAGUGGAAUCAGAACAGCCUCGCCAAUGUGUGGAUUUGAAGAUCAACUAGAAGAAGAGGUUGCUUCACACGUCAAAAGUAGAAUCAAAUAAAAAGAGUGUGAGUAUGGUCACAUUCGGUGGAGAACCAUAAACAGUUUUCUUGCAGGAGCUGAGAGCACCUCUAAGAUACUGGGAUAAUUUUCACCCAUGGAGUCUAAGUGAAUUUCAAGAUGAAGAAAAACUGACACAGUCUAAAGAUAGCAAGUGGCUUACACACUGAACUGAACUGAUUUAGUGGAGAAUUUACUUGAAUUACAAAUCAUAUUCAUACAUGAUUUAAGAGACACUGUGUUCCUGAUGUAUUGUAGGCUAUAAAAACAGGAGUGUGUGAGUACGAGUGUGUUUGUAUGUUCUCACAGAUACAAAUCAAAAAUAUGGCACAUAGAAAAGUUGCAUAUCAUCUGCUAUACCAAAACAUAUGAUUGCAUGUUUGAAAACAGAGCAUGCAAUCAGACAUAACAAUUCUUCAUUGAAAUGCUUCAAAUCUGUUCAUUAAUGAAUAUGGAAGCAAUAGCAAAUCGAAAAAAGUUCCAUUGUUUGACAGCUGAGGAUAACAUUGUUAAAUCUAUAUCUUUGAAUCUUUCGCUUUUUUAUGGAAAUCAAAACGGUUAGACUGGCGACACUUUUUUAAACAUGCCUGCUGAAUUUGGGGAAUGAUUUUUUUUCUUUCUCAUUGAAGAUUUUGCCUUCAAAGAGUGGAUGAACGUUAGAAUAUUCAGAUCACCUGAACAGCCUCAGUCCCCCUUUCAACUACAGUAGGUUGGCACAGGGCAAAAGCUGCAAGCUUGUGAUUUUACAUUAUUCCUUUUUAUGACAUGUUCAUAUUGUUUGAAAUAACCUGUAGAUCAGAAUGCUGUAUCACCUGUCAUGUAAAGCAUCUACCUCAAUGUUGUGAUCUUCAUUUCUGCCAAAAGCUUCACCCUGGGAAAGCAGCAUGGGUCAUGUGACUGGGCCAUCAUUAAAGCAAUGUGUUGUUUAUUCUGCCAUGCAGUCAGAAGCAGUUAUGUAUCUUGUUCAAAAUAGCAUGACUCACUUGUCCUUAUUGUCCAUUCUAGACGGCUGUUGCAUCUAUGCAUUGCUGACUGUUGUGUCUACAUAUACUCGCAUCCAUGCCAGUGCCACCUUGUAUCCUCAUUGGUACAGUUAUGCAAAGUCUUUAAUUCAAUAUCUGACCUUAAUCAACAGGUAGGUUGUAGUUUAAGGGUGUCGCUCAUAUCAGAUCAAUGUCGUUCAUCGGUACAUUUCACAGCAUCCAACUGUUAAAUCCGUUUUUUAGGUGUAAUGUCUGUCAAGCUGAAUUAAUAUUGCACUGUAUUGUAUGUAAUCUGUUUCCAUCCAAGUCAACUUUAUCCAUAUAAAAGAGAAAUUUGCAGUUAUAAUAUGCAACACAGAAUCUGCAAAUACGCAAACUAAAUCUAUGGAAUAAUGGAUACAGCAUUCAAAACGCACAUCUCUACACAAAUGUUCUGCAGUAAGAAAAGUUCCUUAAGCCAGCAUGUUGCUAAAGUAUGUCAAUAGCCUUCCUAUAUGAUGGCGAGAAACACAGAGAUAUGGAUUUCUUUGUCCACGUAUUAGCUUAAGCUUCACAUGGCAGACAUGAAGCAAUGGGACUGUAUGAAGAAAAGCAAUAGUAGAGAAUAUGAUGCUUUUCAGUCAAUAAACACCUUGAGGUCUUCCUAGAGGAAGCUAAAUAUCUUUUGUUUCCUGUAAAUAAGUAUUUUCUUAUUUCCCCUGCUGUUCUAUUUCAUCUAUACCUAUUUCAUAAAUAUUUUUUUUGUAUUUUGUUUUUCUGAUGAUUGCAUAUGGACUGUGUAGAAGUUUGAGAUGGUGAUUAUAGGCUUACUAAUGAUGGAUGGAUGGUUCGAUGGAUGGAUGUAUGGAUGGAAAAAUUAAUUUUUAAAUAUAUAUUAUAAUAUUAUUAUAUAAGGGGAUGGAUAUUCAAUUAACAACGUAUUGUAUGACUGUGCAAAGUACCUUAUUAGGACGGGCUUAACACCAUAACACCUAAUUAGGACGGGCUUAACACCAUAAAUUUUAGUGCGGCAGGACAACACUGAAAAUACUAAAUCAUAUCAAAAGCUCAUCACACCUGCCUACUAUGCCAUAAGCUACUAUCUGGUGAGUAACAACAUAUUAGGAAGCUGAGCAUUCAUACCAUGUCAUGUUCAAGAUGGAAAACUUGAAAAGUUAUAUUUUCUACAAGAGAAUUUGCCUCAUUUCUAAAGAAAUCUGAGCUGUUUCGACAUUUUAGAUGUGAAAAUCAUUUAAUCAUGGCUUUAUUAAUAUCAGUUUAAUAGUUUAACAGUUCAAAUUGUACAAUUAGGAUAGUUUCUAUUGGCUGUUUGAUACAGCAGGUAUGAUUUCUAAAUCAGUGAGUGAUUGCGGUCUCAGUGGACCUCUGUUAGUGCUAGUUGUAUGUACCAUUUUGGCUCUAUGUAACAAAACAAGUCAAUCAAAUUCUAUCAAAUAACUACAUUUAAUAAAAAAAAAUUGUUGGCCACUCAAUCAAGAAAAUUAGUAUUUCAACAGAAAUUAAAAUUAAUUGUGUUGUAAAUGAAAAGUUAAUAUUUAAUAAAUGGCUGAUGUAUAUGAUUAACUUAUUAUUUGCCCCACUUAUUCCUAAGAGCAAGCUACCAAGCAAAACUCCCUCUUUUUUAAGUGGGUGACGUGAGACAGCUAAGUAUGGUGACCCAUACUCAGAAUUGUUCUCUGCAUUUAACCCAUCCAAAGUGCACACACAGCAGUGAACACACAGCGUUAACACACAGCGUGAACACACACCGGGUUGUACAUUAUAGCAAAGUGAAACUCUUUCUUCGCAUAUCCCACAUUAGGAAGCUGGGAUCAGCCAUGAUACAGCUCCCCUGGAGCAGAGAGGGCUAGGGGCCUUGCUCAAGGGCCCAACAGUGGUAGCUUGGCAAUGCAAGCUCUUGAACUCCAAUCCUCUAAUCAACAACCCAGAGCCGUAACCGCUUGAGACACCACUGCACCCUGCAAAACUCCUUGAUAGGUUUAGGGUAGAUUUUAUGAUUCUGAUGCUUACCUACAAGGCCUUACAUGGGUUAGCUCCUCAAUAUUUGACUGAUCUUUUAAUUCCUUAUAUUCCAUCUCGCAACCUUCGUUCUUCUGAAGCUGGUCUUUUAACUGUUCCUUUAACUCGUUUAAAAUCGAUGGGUGAUAGGGCUUUCUCUUCACUAGCUCCAAAACUGUGGAAUUCAUUACCAACUGAGAUAAGGCAAGCAACAUCUCUUGGCACUUUUUAAUCUCAACUCCAAACUCAUUUUUUAGGGUAGCUUUUACAGUAAUUUGACUAACUGAAAUUUUACAUAGUGCUUAUUUUAUAGUCUAUUUUUGUUGCUUUAAUUUUAAUCUUUAUAUUAUGUGUGUAUUUCUGUGCUUUUGUGAAGCGCUUUGAGAAGUUCUUUUAAAGGCGCUAUAGAAAAUAAAGGUUAUUAUUAUUAUUAUUAUUAUUAUUAUUAUUAUUAUUAUUAUUAUUAUAAAGAAAAUUUGUUUGCAACACGUUCUGUGAACUAGAGCAUUGGCAUACAUGUUCUGCUGUGUUCAGUAUAUGUGCUUUUGAACCUAUAUGAACACAGUGCUGUAUGUCAUGUCCUAGAGCUUUAAAAAAUAAAACAUGAUUUCAUGCUGGACUGAACAAACAUCAAAUAUCAAAUCAUGGUACUCCCUACUCUCUAUUUUCAAACUAUUCCAGAUCUUGAGGCUGCAUAUAUUUAGCCACCACAAAAUGGGAUUAGCUAACUGAGAUGGAGCAUAGCUUUCAUCAGCUACUGUCUGACCCAAUUACGGAAAAAGUAGUCGGGUGUUAUCAUGGCUGUUAAGUUAAGGUGAUGAAUUUAUCCUGGGGUGCAUGCAGUCUCUAUCAGUUUUACGCAGUUCUUCACUAUGAGGUGCAUAUGUGACUGCCCUUAAGUAUUGGUACACUUGAGAGGCACAAUCGUCUUGCAGAGAAACUCAAGGUACUUUGACAGAAACUGAUCUAUAAAAUCACAGAUUUUUAAAUGUGGACACAUUCAUAUCUCGCAUGCUUUUGCACAGUAAAUCUUUUUCCAUCUGUCUUUAAUAGGUGUACAAUUGCAGAACAUUAACCAUAUGGCUUAAUAGGGAUGUGCAAUGCUAUAUUUCCAUAGAUAUGUCAUGUUAAUAAUGAUUGUACAUAAUACAGUCAGAGAUUUAGUCAUAUAUUCAGUGUGCAGUGGUAUUCUUGCAUAUGUAUAUGCCAUCUUGUAAAGCAAAUGGUACAUUCAGAUUAUAUAAUGUAACAUUAAUAUCCAGUUCAUUUCCACCUUCUUUUAUACAUCUACAUUUUCUGAAGCUGUCAUGAGGUAUGAUGUUGAGAACAAAGAGUUUAUGCAGUUAAAUCUUUAGACUAUAUUUAUAGUUAGCUAUGAGCAGGUUCCUAGUUAUGUAUGGUGAGCAAUAAUGUAUGUUAUAACCAUGAGCAAAUCAUAAGAACAUUGUGCAACAAAAAUGGUUAAGCUGCAACACAUUACUGCACACAUGCUGUCUGGAUGUCUUUGCAUACAUACCCUUAAAUGGUGCCUUACAUACAGUAUAUUGUGUCAUAUUGUUAUUUGUUAUCAAAAUCUCAUUGAUCAUAGUAUACAUAGAAGUAGUUUAUAUGUGUUGUUGUUUAGAUGAUGUAGAUGUAGAUCCUGUGGAUUGAAAGGUGGAUGCUAGAUGCCUGAUCUAUCGACAUCACAAUAAAACAAAGUAAAUAGACUACCGAAUGUAAAGUCCUCCAGGAUGGUAUUCUGGCGCAAUCUGUGUCUUACAAUAUUAGAUCCAUUGAAGGUCAAUUUGGAGACCGUCAUAUUCCAUCAAGACCUCACAAUGCUUUAUCAUGAAAAGUACCAAAAUAAGCAAAUAGAUAUGAAACCAUUACAAACAGCCUGAUUUCUAGAGGUUCCCAGCAUUGUAGAUCAGGCAAAACCACACAACACACAUGCAGUCAGUUUAUAAUGAGGUCUGACCCUACCUCCCACCUUAAGACAGUGUGUGAUUUUAUUUUCAGGAAAAAUAGUUACAAAACAGUAUGAUGUAAGCAAUGGCUUAAUCCAACUAGAAGAAACUGCAUAACUUUUCUCUUUAAGAAUUUGCUGUCAGGAAAUAAAGAAUUACUAAAACUCUGGUGCAUUUCUCUAAUUUCCACAUUACAUUUCUUCAAAUUAUUGCAGAGACUAUAUUGUCCAGUAUUCUGUCCUAUGUGAUUCUGUGUUUAUGUGUACUUUCCGCACAUGCAAGCAUGUGCUAAUGCAGGUACUGGCUUACAGUGGAGCCUUGUCCAUUUAUACCAUGUUAACACUGUGCAGUCUUUUAUCAUACAUGAAGUAUGAGCUUCAAGAAUCUCCAUGAGUGGUCACUGUGUCUCGUCCUGCUUCUGUGCUUACUGUACCAUUAGCCAUCAUCCGUGGCGUGUUUUGUAGUGUCUUCUGUCUUGUUUAGGUAAGAUGAGUGCGUGAUGGAUUAAAUGUGUGGUUAUAUAUAUAUUGUGUGAAAUACAGUUAAUUAACAUGUACUUGUAGAGAGUAUAUUCUACAGCUAAAAUAAUGUAUAUAUGUAUGAUCUGUAAACGUACAUGGCAUAUGUACGCAAUAAAAUCAAUUUGAAUAAAA